AAGAGAAAUCAGCAGCAGUAGCAAAAAGCAGAAGCAGCUGAAGGAGAAAAAUGGAUUUUUGGGUGAAAAGUGAAAACAUCGCGUAGUCAAAUUGUGUGCGAGAGCAUUUAACAAACGUUCUGUGUGACAUAAAGAGAGAGAAAAUAUGGCGGACUAUUUGUACAAAUUGUUUUUCCAUUCAAAGUCUUCAGUCUGAUAAAUGAAAUUUUUUUACAAAUCAAAUCGAACAACAAGUGAAUUAAUUUAUCAAAGAAUUUCAAGUUUUUCGAUUUAUCGAGAAUAAAAGAAAUCAGCUCAGUUAUAGUGUGCACAGUGUUAGAAAAAAGAAAGAAAGAAAUAAUGAAAUUGUGAUAUAUUGGCCGAAUAAAUUAGAAAAGUAAAAUAGUCCAAAUAAACGCUCAACGCUCUUAAUUUAAGUUGGUGGUGAACUGUGAACUGUAUAAAAAGAACAAAAAGUGAACUUAUUCAAAAAUACAUAUGCGUUAAUAAAGAAAACGAUAAAAGGAACGGAUUGAUCUUGAAGACACAGAGUGUUGUAUGUGAAAGAGAGUCAUUUGGAAAAAAGAGGGAGAGACAGUGUGAGAAAUCGAAAGUCGACGAACAAAUAUUUAAAACAAAAAAAAUUUGGAGUCCCAAAAAGAAGAAAACUCUGAACCAAAACGACUGACGAAGAGUUUGUUGCGUUAUUGUUUAAUUUGGGUUGAUUUUUUUGGUUUAUUUUCGCCUGGUAUCUGUGUUCGGCCGGAAUAAACGGCCGAAAUUUAAAAAGUUUUCAAAACGUUUUGCGUAGAAGCGAUUCGCACGAUGGGCUGCGCACAGUCAGCUGAAGAGCGGGCAGCAGCAGCUCGUAGUCGUUUAAUUGAACGAAAUCUCAAAGAAGAUGGAAUUCAAGCAGCUAAAGAUAUUAAGUUACUGCUAUUAGGUGCAGGUGAAUCCGGCAAAAGUACAAUCGUUAAGCAAAUGAAAAUUAUUCACGAAAGUGGCUUCACAUCUGAAGACUUUAAACAAUAUCGACCCGUGGUUUAUAGCAACACAAUACAAUCACUAGUUGCAAUUUUAAGAGCCAUGCCUAAUCUAAGUAUUCAAUACGGCAACAAUGAAAGAGAGAGCGAUGCUAAAAUGGUAUUUGAUGUAUGUCAGCGAAUGCAUGACACAGAACCAUUUUCCGAGGAUCUACUUGCGGCAAUGAAACGACUGUGGCAGGAUUCUGGUGUUCAAGAAUGCUUCUCACGAAGCAACGAAUAUCAACUUAAUGAUUCCGCAAAAUAUUUCUUGGACGAUUUAGAUCGAUUAGGAGCUAAAGAUUAUCAACCGACCGAACAAGAUAUCUUACGAACAAGAGUGAAAACUACUGGAAUAGUUGAAGUACACUUUUCAUUUAAGAAUCUAAACUUUAAAUUAUUCGAUGUUGGUGGCCAGCGAUCUGAGAGAAAGAAAUGGAUUCAUUGCUUCGAAGAUGUUACCGCAAUCAUCUUCUGUGUUGCAAUGUCUGAAUACGAUCAAGUAUUACAUGAGGAUGAAACUACGAACCGAAUGCAAGAGUCCCUCAAAUUAUUCGAUUCUAUUUGCAAUAACAAAUGGUUUACGGAUACAUCAAUUAUCCUAUUUUUAAAUAAGAAAGAUCUUUUCGAAGAAAAAAUCCGUAAGAGCCCACUGACAAUUUGUUUCCCUGAAUACACAGGCGGUCAAGAAUACGGCGAAGCGGCUGCCUACAUACAAGCUCAAUUCGAAGCUAAAAAUAAAUCCACCUCAAAAGAAAUCUAUUGUCACAUGACUUGUGCAACCGAUACCAAUAAUAUUCAGUUUGUAUUUGAUGCGGUCACCGAUGUUAUCAUAGCAAAUAACCUUCGAGGCUGUGGUCUUUACUAAAGCAACAUACAAAAUUACAAAAAUGAAGAGAACAAAACAAAAAAAAAAAGAUGUUACAAAUUAACCCUAUUUAGACACACAUAAAACAACUAAAACAAAAAAAAAAAUAAGAACAAACCAACAACAAACAAGAAAUUAAAAACGAAACUAAAGCAAAGCAAACCAAAAACAACACAAGCAUUAAGAAAAUCCAAAGUGAACAAAAAUAUCCACAUACCAAUGAAACAUAUACACUUUGAACAACAACAACAAAAAAUCAGUUCCAACACGUCAAUGAGGAGCAAAAUCAUUUAUUUCAAAAAACAAAAAUGCAGAUGAAAUGGAAAAGAACUAAAAUAAUUAUAAUGAAACAUGAAGCCAUUAUGUAUUAUAAUUGCAUAUUUAUGUAUUAUAACAUAUUUUAUAUUUAUAUCACCAAAAGUCGUUGUUUAAUUUCCAUGGGAUGCUCUGCUGAGUGAAUGUGAUUUGAAAAUAUUCGGUACUUUGACAUUUGUGUUACGGUAAUCGUUGAUGUGUCUGUCACUCUCUCUCUGUGUGUGUGUGCCAACAUGCCACGGUGCACCAUUGAUCAGACACACAAAUCGAUACCAUCUGGAUAUCGGAUUUUCUAUAGUUCCGAAUAAUUGUCAACUUACCACCCGGUACGUACGUCCAGAACGAAUUCAGAAGAACAGAAAUAUUCUUCAAAUUACAAAAGCAAAGCUUUCAUGUUUACAUAAUGAAAUAAUAUUAAAUUCAUACGCAAACAAAAAUGAUUAACACACACAAACAAAAUCAGUCGAAAAGAGGGAAACGUUACUUCAUUAGCUAUUCUAUAUAUUACGUAUAAGAUCCGACGAAAGAAAUUUGAAACAAAAACUAAAAAAAAAA